GUCACUCUAUCUCUAACCAUAGAAUCCGGUGUGGCUUUGGGGAGUACGUCGAGACACGAUAUUUCCUUUUCUCUUCCUUUUCCUCCCUCACCAUCUAACUCUCAACACUGGACAGUUGCAGGCAGACUGUCCUUCAGCACCCACCUGCCGUUGAUCUGCGUAUCUCUUUCCGCUACUCUCAAUCGACGAAUCCGAUAGUCCGAUAAACCAACAUCUCCAAAAUGUCUGACCUCGCGAGUCGCAUUACGAAACCCGACGAAGCGGUUCCGGCAGAGAGCCAGCCAGAGGUUGAUGCUCCCGCCGCUGAGGCACAGAAUGAUGGUGCCAUUGAGGAGCUCGGUGGCUCUGGCCUGCAGGAGCCCGAGUGGGAUGUCGAGGUCUCUCUCAGUGAUCUUCAGGCCAACGAGGCAACACCCUUCCACUCUGCCACGCAAUGGGAGGAUAUGGGACUUUCCGAGGACCUCCUAAAGGGCCUUUUGGCUCUCAAGUUUUUGAAGCCUUCGAAAGUUCAAGGAAAAUCUCUUCCUCUGAUGCUUAGCGACCCUCCGAGGAAUAUGAUGGCACAGUCCCAAUCAGGAACCGGAAAGACGGCGGCGUUUGUUACUGCCAUUCUGUCGCGUGUCGAUUUCAACCAACCUGAGCAGCCGCAGGCCCUUGCUUUGGCACCCAGUCGUGAGCUGGCUCGUCAGAUUGAAGGUGUCAUCGGUGCCAUCGGUCGCUUUAUCAAGCCUCUUAAAGUUGCUGCGGCAAUUCCAGGUGCUCUGCCCCGUGAUCAGCCAGUUCGAUCCGCAGUCAUUGUUGGAACACCCGGUACUGUCCAGGAUAUCAUCCGACGAAGGCAGCUGGACGUCUCUAAACUCAAGGUUCUCGUCUUGGAUGAGGCCGAUAACAUGUUGGACCAGCAAGGAAUGGGUGACCAGUGCCUGAGAGUAAAGAACCUGCUGCCCAAAUCUAUACAGAUUCUUCUGUUCUCAGCUACUUUCCCCGACAAAGUUGGCGCAUAUGCGAUGAAGUUCGCACCAAACGCCCACUCACUGAAACUUCAGCGCAACGAGCUUACGGUCAAGGGUAUUUCACAAAUGUUCAUCGACUGCGCCGACGACAACAUCAAGUACGACGUUCUUUGCAAGCUCUACGGUCUUAUGACUAUUGGACAGUCGGUUAUCUUCGUCAAGACUCGUGAAAGUGCCAACGAGAUUCAGAGACGCAUGGUAGCGGAUGGACACAAAGUUUCCGCUCUGCACGCCGCUUUUGAUGGUAAUGAAAGAGACGACCUGCUCGCCAAGUUCCGUAAAGGAGAGAACAAGGUUCUCAUUACUACCAAUGUCCUCGCCCGUGGUAUUGACGUGUCGACCGUCUCCAUGGUCAUCAACUACGAUAUUCCGAUGAAAGGCCGCGGCGAUUCCGAGCCAGAUGCUGAGACAUACCUCCACCGUAUUGGCCGAACUGGACGUUUCGGCCGUGUCGGUGUCAGUAUCAGCUUCGUUUACGACAAGAAGAGCUUCGAUGCGCUCAGCAGCAUUGCCAACACCUAUGGUAUCGACCUGGUCCGUCUCGACACCGAUGACUGGGACGAGGCUGAGGAGAGGGUCAAGGAGGUCAUCAAGAAGAACCGAGCUCAGGCUGCUUACGCCCCAAGUGCAACGGACAACGUGGCCAAGGCAUCCUAGAGAGUUGAUUUUGACGCACGGAUGACGAUGUAAAUUGGUGGCGAUUCUCUUUGUUUUCUCUUUUCCUUUGCUUGAUGAGAACGCCGCAAUUUAGCACUUGAUGAUGGAUGGUAUGAUAAUGGGGUUUAUACAACUGGAUCUGUAGAGUGUGGCACGACAAGAUACCAAAAUUUGCAGAGUUGUGCCAUUGCAGGACGGCUGAAAAGGCUGAAAAUGAUAAAUAUCCUGCUUCUUUCGUGGCGUUUAUUCCAUACUGUGCCCUCG